GAGUUGACAGACCAAUCGCCCGGGUGGCGCAGGGAAGGCGGGAGAAUGCGAACCCUCCGGUAGGGCGGUAGGGGCGGGGCCCCAGCCUUAUUAGAAAGGGGAGGGGGGGGGCCCUGCGCAGGCGCAGAGGCGGCCGCGGCCGAAGGGGCGGGGCCAAGUCCACUGAGACCCGGCCCGGGGCACCGAGGCUGAUAAGCGAGGGGAGAGAGAGAGGAGAAGGGCAGCGAGGGGGCUCGUCCCGGGAGAGAUCUGGGCGGGCCGUGUGUCUCGUGUGUGUGUGUGUGUCGGGGGGUGGGGGACGGACACACACCGAAGGGGGACAGCCAGUGUCACCACCGCUCGGGAGCCCGGCGCCAUCGUCCGCGGGGGGAACCCCGCUGCUCUCACUCUCUCUCUGCGAGCGAGCGAGCGAGCGAGCGAGGGAGGGAGGGGGCCGGAGGGAGCCCCGGUCUCGCCCCGCCCCUGGGCUUGUUACCGCGGGGGCGGGGAGUGAGGGUUUCUUCUUUGGGGAGGGGUGGAGUGGAGAUCGGUGUGUGUGGGGGGGACACGACACUCGGCGGUGCCCUCUCGAGCGGCGGCGGCGGCCGUGUCCCCGCGGCGCCGGGCCGCCGAGCCUCGGAGGAGCGGCGGCGGCGGUGGUGGCUGUUGCAUGUGUGGCUGCUGGAUGCGGAGGCGGCGGCGGCGGCGGCGGCGGCGAGGAGGAGCAGCAGCAGCGGCGGCGGCAGGAUGUUAGGGCAGCAGCAGCAGCAGCAGCAACAGCAGCAGCUGUACUCGUCGGCCGCGCUCCUGACCGGAGAGCGGAGCCGGCUGCUCACCUGCUACGUGCAGGACUACCUGGAGUGUGUGGAGUCGCUGCCCCACGACAUGCAGAGGAACGUGUCGGUGCUGCGGGAGCUGGACAACAAAUACCAAGAAACUUUAAAGGAAAUUGAUGAUGUCUAUGAAAAAUAUAAGAAAGAAGAUGAUUCAAACCAGAAGAAACGCCUACAGCAACAUCUGCAGAGAGCGUUAAUCAAUAGCCAGGAAUUGGGAGAUGAGAAAAUUCAGAUCGUCACACAAAUGCUGGAAUUGGUGGAAAAUCGGGCAAGACAAAUGGAGCUGCAUUCACAGUGUCUCCAAGAUCCUGCUGACAGUGAACGGGCCUCAGACAAGGCGAAGAUGGAUUCUAGUCAACCUGAAAGAUCUUCUAGAAGACCUAGAAGACAGCGAACCAGUGAGAGCCGGGAUUUAUGUCACAUGACAAAUGGGAUUGAAGACUGUGAUGAUCAGCCCCCGAAAGAAAAGAAAUCCAAAUCGGCUAAGAAGAAGAAACGCUCCAAGGCCAAGCAGGAGAGGGAAGCCUCACCUGCAGAGUUCGCCAUAGAUCCCAAUGAACCUACCUACUGCUUAUGUAACCAAGUGUCUUACGGGGAGAUGAUAGGCUGUGACAAUGAGCAGUGUCCCAUUGAAUGGUUUCACUUUUCAUGUGUCUCACUCACCUAUAAACCAAAGGGGAAAUGGUAUUGCCCCAAGUGCAGGGGGGACAAUGAGAAAACAAUGGACAAAAGUACUGAAAAGACGAGAAAGGAGCGAAGAGCGAGGUAGUGAAGGCCAUCCGUGUUUUAAAAGGGUUGUUUGUCUUUUAUAGAAUUGGUUUACUUUCAGAAAAUGUUUUAGGGGAAAUGCAUAAGACUAUGCAAUAAUUUUUAAUCAUUAGUAUUAAUGGUGUAUUAAAAGUUCUUGUACUUUGUCUGUGACCUUAAUUUUCUGCACUGAAUUACCAAAUAUUUUCAGCCAGGUAGUCUUGAGCGCACCUGACGAAAGGAGCAGGAGACAGGGAGGAAGUGGUAUGAACGAGCUUCAAGCAGCUUCCCAAACCACGCCUAUUUCAUUUUCACCUCAAACUCCCAUGCUGGUUUUUGGGGCAAACACAAAAGUUUUUGCUAACAUCUUAGUUCUGUGUGCUUAAAAUUUUUUUAUGUAUUGUUGGAUUUCUCUGUGUCAAAUUAUCUUGGUAGUUUCAAAUACGAACACUACCCUGUUUAGAGAUUUCUUAUUGGCCCCUUGUAGUAUUCAUACACUUGUUAAAUCUCUAGUCUUGCAGAAGUUCUGGGAGCUAGAGAGAAGAGUUAGUUAUCGGUGGUUCCGUGUGGAAUAAUGCACUCUUACUGGAGGGUUUGCUGCUGUAUUUCCUUGGUAGCUUUUGAUACCUGUCAAUUACAGCAUCUGUAAAUGUUGCUGCUUUUUCAGAACAGGUGCACCUUAUCUACUGCUUAAUAAGGGACUUGUUUUGGUUUUUUGGGGGACAGGUAAGGCUAGUUAAAAUACCAAAAAAUGCUACCAUUGGCUAAUACUGGCAAGAUUUGGAGUAUUUAGCACCAUGGUUCAAUUUAAAGAUUGUGUCUUGAUAUUUUCCACGUGACCCAUUGCAGGGAAGUGUCGCCACAGACCUGUCAGUGGGAAAAGGGCACAUAGGAGUCUUUAAAUAUUGCCUUUUCUGUCAGUUAUUUUAAAUAGUUUUGCUGGGGGCUAGAGUUUAUUUCUAUCCCAAUGAGUAAUUAUACAUUAUUUUAAAUAAUAGUAUAUUUACCUUAACCUCUGGUAUUGGUGCUGUUUGAUGUUUUCAUGUUUAUUGAACUAAUUUCAUUAUAACAAUACAAUUAAUAAUGUAUUUGUAAAUUGAA